AUGAGACUGUACUCCUUCUUUAUCGCCGCCCUGGCGCUCCUCUCUGGGGUCACUGCUGUCGACGUCCAUAAGUCGGUCCUCAUCACCUACCCACCCGAGACUCCCGACUCGGUCGUGAACCAGGCAAAGAAGGCAGUUGUCGAUGCCGGCGGAGUGAUCACACACGAAUAUACCCUCAUCAAGGGCUUCGCCGCUAAGGUCGGCGAGAAAGUCAUUGAUACGGUGUCGGCGUGGGGUCAGGAAUACCAGGUGCUUGUCGAGGAGGACGAAGAGGUGCAUGCCCUUUGA